AUGGCGGUCCCCGGCAUGGGUAGCGACUUCCAGCUCUUCUCCCCUCUCCAAUCAUCAAAUCGACGCAACUCCCAAAAAGAGUCCAAGGCAUUCCCGCUCUCCAGUUCAGAUGACGGAGAACAAGAUUGGAACCAGUGGAUGAGGUGGGAUGACAAUGCUCUCCUUGACCUUCCCAAAGACCUUCAAAAAGCUUCCUUCGACUUCCCUUUCACCUCGCCCAAUAGCUCGACCUGUCAACAGAGUAAUGGACCCCCGCAAAGCAGCAACUUCUCCCCCGAUGUCUCGUUCGAUGGAAAUAACAUCUCACUCGACUCCUUUCUCCCUGACCACAGCCCGGGAGUCUUGGCCUCAGCGGUAUCGAACGCUCCGCUGUCCGCUACGUCCGGCUCCCCCAUAUCAUUAGCCGCUGUUAACCGCAAACGCAAAUCCGGGAGUGACGACGAUGGGUCAACCGCCACUGGAACGGUCCAGAAUAGCAAGAAGAUGCCCGCCAAGAAACGCGCCCACAACGUCGUCGAGAAACGGUAUCGCGCUAAUUUGAACGAGAAGAUUGCCGAGUUGAGGGACAGUGUCCCGAGCCUACGUGCCUCCAAAAAUACCAAUGGUGGAUUACUCGACGAUGAAGACGAGGGUGUCGCACCCGCGAAACAAUUGAACAAGGCAUCGAUCCUUUCAAAGGCAACAGAAUAUAUUCGUCACCUGGAAAUCCGCAACAAACGCCUCGAGGACGAGAAUACGGCCUUGAAAAACAGACUGCGUCAACUCGAUAAAGCCGUCGAUCAGAAUCUCACCUCCGCUGCCUCCGUGUCAUCUCCCAGUAACUACACCGUCUCCACCGAGUCGGGCGCCAGCUCCUCCCCGAGUGUUUUCUCAAAUGCAGAGGAUGUCCCCAGUGACCAUUCGCCAAGUUCCACUCACCCUCCUGAAGGGUUGAUGAAGGUCCCGGACUCGUGGAAGCGCAUGCGGGCGGCCGCGGCUAGUGACAAUGCGUUCAAUCAGUCAUACAUCCAGUAUCCGAGCAAUGACAGCGGAGCCUCGCACGCUGGCGGCGGUGGCCGGAGACGGUCUCAUUACCCCAAUAAAUACAUGCUCGGUGCUCUAGCCGGACUGAUGGUCUUGGAAGGCAUGGGAACCGAGAAGAAGUCCGAAUCCACCGCGAAAGGGCUUUUCGCAUUCCCACUGCACCUCUUCAAAAGCCUUCAAUACCCACCAGGCCCGUACUGGGCAGCCAUGACCCAGAACUUCUGGCACUCGUGGCAUGCUCGCGCUAUCCUGCACUUUCUCAUCCUUGCUGCACUUGUCGUCGGCAGCGCGUUUGUCGUUUUUGUCUACCUCUUCAACUCGGGCCCAGCUCGGCCAUUUGCUUCAGCAAAGUCAGCGUGUGAAACAACUCUGUCAUCCAGUAACUUCAGACGCCAGGCUUGGUUGACGAGUAUCCAGCGAGUUGGAGUACCUCGCCAUCGCUUCUUCCACGAGUGGUACGUGGUAACGUCGAGAUGUUUCGAGUACGUUCUUCGCUGCCUCCUUGGAUGGAAGCUUUAUUCGUGGGCCACAGGAAUCACCGAGGAAGAUGAAAAAGGCCGGGUGAAGACGUGGGAUAUUGCAAUCGACGCACAGCUAGCUGGCGGCGAUGCCGAGGUGAGCAAAAGUCGCCUGGUCUUGACCAUCUUUGCCGCCGGCACCUUGCCCCGAAGCCCGAUGCGGAUGAUGUUGAAGGCCCUCCAUUGCCGCAUCCUCCUCUGGCGCGUUGGAGAGCCGGGUUCUUGGAGCUUCAAUACGUCCAACGAUGUCGCUCGUAGCUUGGCAAGAUAUCAAUGGGACCUUGCGCGGCAGAUUAAUGCAUCUCUCCCAAAGGACCACGAGGACCGGCUGCCCAGGCAUCUGGCGGCCUUGCUGCAGCUAGAUAGUGAGGAUGUUAUGAUUGAUAGUGUCAUUCAACGAGCGGUGAAUCUCACAUGGAAUCGCCCAACGCAGGAAGGAGCCGAUGACGACGAGGCGCUGCUCGAUGUGGUGGAAGAGGACCCGGCCAUCCAGUCCUCUCUCGAUGCUCUUGCAGCCUGGUGGUCAAGCCAUCUGCUGCAGCGUGCGCUCCUGAAAUACUUCGAGGCCAGCUCCGGCGGCCCAGAGGCCAAGAAGAGCCGGGAUAUCUUCAAGCGGAAAAUCAAACUCGCCCUUAAGGUCGCUCCUCAACCCUCCGCGGCCCAUACGCGCGCUUUGGUCAUGAUGGCCGUGUUCUUCGAGCAGAACCGGGUGAGCAACAUCGGAAAGGUCCUCGCGGCCCUGCCCAAGGAGAAGAGUGAGAGAAAGAAGAGCCAGACCCUGAACUUCCUGGACACCUCUUUACCCGUGAGCGUUCGGGAGGAAAUCUCAAUCGCUGUUCGUUGUGCCAUGAUCGCCGCCAUUUUCACCGCGCGAACCACUGGAGACACCUCUCUGCCCGCAUCAUUCACGAUGCAGAGAGCCAUUACAUGGUUCAACCAAUUGCCGCUUGAUCCUGUGGAGCUCACCCUGCUGGGCUUUGCUUCUAUCUACCAUCUCUUACAUGUGCUCGCGUCGGACACAGGAUAUCUGUCUUCGUCCGAUUCAUCAAACCCCCCUUCCCCGGUAUCGAGGUCGCUUCCAUCAUCGACUGCAACGUCUAGCGAUGAAGCAGAAGAGCCCACGCCCGCACCACUCACCCCGUCUAUGUCGCCACAGUCGAUACCCAAUUUAGGCCGCGUGGCCUCAGAACUUAUGUACUGGGCCCGGAACGCCUAUAACCCGGCAUUUUACGGCUUUACGUCCAAUCUGGUGAAAGUGGUCGAAUCCGAAUGCACGUCUCUUUGCCACAGUGCCGGUGUCGACGUAACAGAUUAUUCCUGCAUUCAGGAAGAGAAGAGAAAGGCCAUCCGCAAGAAGACCGAGAAACCGCCCAAGGCAGCCGAACAAACCCGACUACCCCGAGAGAAGUCUCAACCUCCCCGGUCUGACGCCGUCGACUGA